CAUGAAGACACACCAAAAACAUUGCACCGCUUGCUUCCACUAUGACGAUGGACAGUUCCUCCAUCAAGCUCGCCGAGCUGCUCCGGCACGCGGACGAUCUAGACAAAAUCCCAGCCAUGAAAUCGGAAUAUAUUCGCAAGAAAGCAACGGUCGAUGCCCAGCUCCGGAGCGGGCUGAAAGAGCAAUUGGAAAUUACACAGUCUGGCAUGAAUGGGAUUACCGAUGGGCAAAGAACUGUCCAGCUCAUCAAGGAAGAAAUGAUGAAGAUCGAUAAGCUGUGUGCUGAAGCACAGAACAUGAUUCGGGAUUUCCCCAACAUCAACCUCGUUUCCCAGACACAUAGGAAUUUCAGCGCAGUCGAGACAAUGAGGAAGAAUUUGGACAGCUUUAAUGAUCGGCUGGCGCAGGUGGAAAUGUUGCUCAGAGAGGACGAUAAGGAUCUGGAGAAUAUGCCAAACUUGCUCACGGUGCACUAUGAGUUGACGCAGUUGAGGAACAUACGGGAUGAUUCCAUGGAGCAGAUUAUAAGGGCGGAUGAUGCGGGUAUGCAAGCCACACUGGAAGACUAUUUUGCGAGGUUGGACGAGACGAUUGAGUGGUUUGAUGAGCAUGUGGGAACCAUUGCCCUCAAUCUGAUCAAUGUGCUGAUCAAUGGGAAUAAUGGGUUGGUAGUAAGGCUGGCAGUUGUUCUUCAUGAGGAGGAGAAAAGCGAUAAGAGGGUUAAGGCGCUGCAGGAGGCGCUGAAGGAUCAUAAGGAGAUGGCAGUCCGGUUCCAGAGUAUUACAGAUGGAGCCAAGACUGUGAGGGGAUAUAAAGAGAAGUUCUUACAAGCGAUUAAGAUCAACGCGGAGGGGCAGAUAACAGAGACAAAGCAGGCGUUCUUGGAGGAUCCGUCGAAGUUAGAGAAGAACCUGAAGUGGUACUUCAACGAUCUCAACGCUGUAAAACAAGGGAUGGUUCCUUUGAUGCCAAAGAAGUGGAAGAUUUUCCAGACUUAUGGCAAGAUUUACCACCAGCUCAUGCACGACUUCCUUAUUGGCAUGAUCGACGAUCCGAAUACCACCUCAGCCAAUACUCUAGCUAUUCUCAACUGGCCCGAGAAGUACUACAAGAAGAUGGCGAAGCUAGGCUUCAAGCAAGACGAACUAGAACCUCCUAUUCUGGAUGGUCGGGAGAGUGAGCUGGUUAGAGAGUUCCGUCAACUCAUUAUCAGAUUCCUCGACCAGUGGAUUGAUCGGAUCUUCAAGACAGAGCAAAAAGACUUCGCAGACCGGAACGUGGAUGGCUCUAAUCUUGACGCGGAUGAAUAUGGCUACUUCAGAACGAAGAACCUGGUUGAUUUAUGGAGAAUGUUGUCGGAACAAGUUGACGCAGCUGGGAACUCUGAACGAAUGGACGUCGUGGAAGGCGUGAUAGAUGCCAUGAUUCUUCGACUUAAGACAAGACAACAGACCUGGCAGAAAAUGCUCGACGACGAAGCAGCCAGGUAUUAUGGCAAUACUCCUGAGCUUGAGGGAUUCCAAGCUCUCCAAGACUGGCUUGUUGCUACAGCAAAUGACCAAAUUGCAUGUGUAGAUGACAACGAGGAGGAAGGACGAUUUGCAUACCUCACCAGCUUCCGUCAAAAGUUUGAGCCUUUGGUCUCGCCUGUGUAUCUCGAACGAGUUGACGUGGAGAUCUCAACACUCCGUGAUGGAUACGUGGAUCUCAGUACACACUGUAUUGCAAAAUUCGCACAGCUCAUCUUCGCUGUGGACUUCAAAACAGUUAUGCCAGAUUUCUUCACACCUAGAUGGUAUGCCGCAACAGCAGUGAAGCAAAUGGUGGUCACGUUUGAAGAAUACGUCGGCGAUUACAAGAACGUUCUCCAUCACUCUCUUCUCGAUAUUUUCAUCGAAGAACUCGCCGACGAGCUCCUCAUCCGUUACCUAUCAUCCGUCAAAAACAAAGGCGCCAAAUUCAAGCGUCAAGAUCCCUUCAAAGACAAGCUAUUCAACGACGUCUCAACGGCCUUCGAAUUCUUCAACAACAAUAAUUACCUAAGUCCCGAUGUUGCCGAAACCAUUAAGCAGAAAUGGAAAGUUACGCAGAAUUUCUUGGAAUUGAUUGAGGCCGAGAAAGCCGCCGUGCCUGAAGUUUUUGCUGCAUUCAAGGCAGAGUAUUGGGACUUGCAGUUGAGCUGGGUGGAGGCAGUUCUUAGGUCGAGAGACGACUUUGACCGGAGUAUGUUGAAUGCUGUCAAGGCCAGAGCAGCGUCAAUUGAUGUCAUCCGAGGCUUGGAGACGAUAAUGAGUAAGGUGAAAUAGGUUAGGCUUUGAGGCUUGGGAUAUUUGGUUUGAGCGUGGAGUUCAGCGGGCAUUUUCUGGCGUCAGGGGCCAUACAGCUUCCGGUCAGAUACUGGAAGUGUUGUACAGUAAAUCAGAGAUUCGAUCAUAUUCCAGCCAAGGGGGGGAAAUCAACAAAACAUGAAAAUCAAGCUUCUCAAUGGAAAACUCUUG